AUGCCCGGCUUCCACGUUUACCCGCAGGCCUCCCGCCUCUCCGGGGAGUGCUCGCCCGAGGUGAGUGUGGUGGCGCCUUUCACGCCCGCGCCCGUGCCCAUUGACCUCAACGCCACACCGGUGGCCGGUGGCUCAUCAUCCGGAGGCGCGAGGAAACGCGCACGGCACAUGCCAGCCGACGUGCUACCGGGCGCGCGCAACCUGUUCGACGGAAUGCCGGCCUCCGGCGACGACGACUACAUGCAAAACAUCAUCUUCGAGAGUGGUGCGCCGACCGCCGGCGGAGCCUCCGGGGCUGGCUACGAUCCCGGCAAGACACAAAGCCAGGACGGCCGAGGGCCAUUCACGCUGUCCACCUUUGAUCAAGAUCAGGUGGCCUUCAUGCAUGAUCAGGUCGGCCUGGACCUGGACGGCUUCCCACUCGACCACGAGUUUCCGAAGGACUAGGGGCAAGAGGAAGAGGAAGAGUGAGACAUCGAAGGGGAGCCUUUGUUCGAGGACGAGCUCGCCAACCAAGCCGCCGGGGUGAAGCCGAAGCGCAAGAGCAAGCGGACGAAGGCAUACACGGCGCCCGAGGACAAGCUUCUUUGUGGGUGUUGGAGAGACAUUGGGCAGGACCCCAAGACGGGCGCCGAACAAAAGGCAUCAACCUUUUUGGAUUCGUGUCCACCGUGA